GAAAUUUUUGUCGCAUACUUGUCUGAACGACCCAAAUUACGAAUAAAAAUAUAUUUUUCCUUUUCUCAAUAUCCUAAACCCUAAACCCCACAAAUGAAAUAUCUGACAAGAACUUGGUGAUCAAGGCCUUAUUACCAAUUCUUCAAUUAGGGUUUUUUCCUCUCUCUCUCUCCAUCUCCCUUAAAAUCUAUCUUUUCGAUUAACAAUUUCGGUUCAUGAUGUCUAUGCUUCUGAGCCGGCUCCGCCUUGGGUCAGCGAGAAGAUUCUCUCUUCUUCUUCUCUCUAAUGGGUUCUCAUCUUCCAUGCUGCAAACCCCUCCUUGUUCCAUCCUAAGCGCUGAUCCUUGUGGAGAGGGUCUAGGGAAACUCGUGACUAUGAGUUUGAUGACGAAGAAUGGUUCUGAUACUGAUAGUUGCUUCACUUUUUCGGAUAAGAAGGUGCCUUUGGAGUUGAUAAGAGGAAGUGAUGGAAUGGUAACGAUAGGGGCAUCUCAUGGCUGGGUGGCUACUUUGACGAAGGACGACGGGAUUCUGCGUCUCCAAGAUGAUCUAAACCCGGUUGCAUCAGAUGUAAACCCGAAACGCAUCCCGCUGCCUCCUCUUGUAACUCUGCAUGGUUGCCAAACCGACAUCAUAACAAACGUGUCAAUGUCCUCAUCUUCUCCCGAGGAUGAAGACUGUGUUGUGGCUGUCAAGUUUUUGGGACCUCAACUCAGCUUUUGCAGACCCGCUCAAAGCAACUCCCAGUGGACCAACGUGAGAAUCGAUAACCCCUGUUUCUUCUCCUCCCGAGUCAUGUUUUCCAAGGGCAUGUUUCGCAUUCCCGGAUCUGGUGGGCACCUCAUUGGAUCAUGGGAUCUCAACCACCACACACCCAAGUUUCAGGAGUUGCAUUUUCAAAACCUUCCCGAGCUGACCAAGACCCAACGAGAGCUUCUAGAUUUGUGUUUUACGAGCCAACACUUGGUGGAGUCGCCAGCUGCAGGUGAGACUUUCUUGGUUAAGCAGUACAGGAAGACUGAUGCGGAGACCAUCAAUGGUAUAGCCAAAUUGAAGACAGAAGCUUUAAUGGUGUUCAUGGUGAAUGAAUACGGAAGCGCUGUUUACACCCAAGACAUUGGAGAUCUCUGCAUUUUCCUCUCAAAGUCUGAACCUUUCGCUGUCUCUGCUACCUCCUUUCCAGGCUUGUAUUCUAACUACGUUGUCAUCAGGGAUUUCGAUGAAAUCGUAUAUUCCAGGCUGACUGGUUUCCCCCUGAUUUGGAGGAGUACCAGAAACCCGUCCCCUUACUAUAUUCCGCCUCAAAAUAUAGACAAGUAAUUUGGAAUCGAGUGAGAGUCGACUUUCUUGCUUUUAGUUAGAACCCGUCCCCUUACGAUAUUCCUCGAAAUCAAAUUUCAGUUAGUUCAAAUUUCAUAUACUCUCAGUCUCUCAUAAUCUUUCAUGUGUAAGUUAUAUCAAAAUAAUCCAAAAACUUCUUUAGAAACUGUACACACGUUUAAGGUCUACAAAUUUUGUAUCGAUAGAUUUACCUUAGAUUGGUU